AUGCUGAUUACAUUGUGCAAACCAACCAUUCACUAUCUUCGGUAUAGUCAGAGUCUACGAUGUCUAUCGACCAGUGGUCGAUUAUCAGAAGCAUUUGAAACUAUUGAUAUCAAUUUUGGAAUAGUUCACAAAAAAAGCAGCAAAAGAAGUGAAAAUGUAAAGAUAGAAAACUUUAACAAUACUUCUCGAAUAAAACAUUUAGAUCGUCGAUUUAACAUAUUGAAUGGAUCACAUCGAAGAAUACUUGAUUUGGGUUAUGUGCCAGGAAACUGGAUAACUUAUAUUCGUAAUCGUAUGGCUAAGAUUCAUAAUAUUGAUCCCGAUAAAGUAAAUAAGAAAUGUCAUAUUUUAGGAUUUGAUUUCAUGUUUGGAGCUCCACCAGCUGGUGUAUCAGCAAUUCAAGGAAACAUAUUUUCUAAAUCUGCACAAUCACUUAUAAUUGAUUAUUUCAAAGAGGCAGCAUGGAUGGAAUUAAAACAUAAACUGAUACUUCAAGAAGAUGAAUUAAAUCCAAGAAGUUAUUUUUCAAAAGAACAAGAUGAAGAAGUAUUUAUAAAUGAAAUUAGAGAGAUUGAAUUAGGUUUGAAUCAUUAUAGUACAUCACCAGAAAAGAUUAAUGAAUUGACUAAAAAGAGAGAUUUAUUACUUCCAGAUUAUAGAAUAGAUUUGGUAUUUCAAGAUCUUGGUAAACCGGGAUAUCAAAACUUUGGGUUUUAUAGUAAUUCAGUUUCUAUGCCAUAUAUCAAAUAUAGUCAUUAUGAAAGUUUGAAUUUUGCUUUUGAGAAUCCAAAUAAAGCUAAUUUUGAUUUCUUAGAUGCAUCGUUGAUCUUAAAUUGUAAACUUUUAAAACCAGGUGGAAAAUUCGUGGUUAGAAUGAAUGAAGUUGAUCCUAAUGAUAAAGAAUUUGAAUUAGUUAGAGAAAAAUUAUUAAAAAUCUUUAAUUCUGUGUUGGAGGUCAAUAAUUAUGCUACUGACAAUGAUAAAUCAUUAGUACAAUCCUUUGAAAAGUACUUUAUCUGUGAUUCAAAGAAAGAUGAUCAUGAAUAUGAUCCAUAUGAAUUGUUUGCAUGGCAGGCACCACCUGAACCUGUACCUGUACCUAUACCCGAAGCAGAGACAACAAACGAAAACAACGAACAACAACAAUAA